AUGUACCCAGUCGAUCUACCAACCGAAGCUUUACAAAACCCUGAUCUUUUUCUAGGAGACAUUAUGGGAAUGGAAGAUAAUGAAAUGAGAAAUGCGAUAAAACCUUCACGUCGAUGGAAUAGUGGGAUAGUGCCUUAUACAAUCCACAGAUCUUCAGAAAAUAUGAAGUAUUUAAUCACAAAAGCAAUGAACCACAUUAAUAAUGCAACAGGAGGAUGCAUCACUUUCAAAGAAAGACAAUAUGAACCAGAUUAUAUUGUAUUCAUUAACGGAAACGGAUGUUCCUCUUAUGUUGGUCGAGUUAAAGGUGAACAACACCUAUCUCUCGGAGAAAAAUGUAAAUACGUAGGUACCAUUGUGCAUGAAAUUGUUCACGCACUCGGCUUCUACCACGAACAGAAUCGAUCUGAUAGAGACGAUCAUCUCAUUAUUUACUGGAAGAAUAUAGAAGAUAAGUAUGUAGAUCAAUUUAAACUUCUUGAUCGGAAUUUAAUUACUAUUUAUAAUGAUUUUGAUCCCGAAUCUAUCAUGAUUUAUGGAAAUUAUGCGGCUUCUAAGGAUAGUAAGUCGAUGACUAUGGAAGCUAAAUCAGGAGUACAGCUGCUAUCACCGUUUCAGAAGAGUGGUUUAUCUCCCAGCGAUGUUUACAGAAUCAAAAGGUUGUACGAAUGUCAAUAA